AUGCUUCUCUUCAACGUGAUCGUUUCAUCUCUGCUCGGCGCUGUUUGCAGCGCCGAGGUCGUGGACCGAAAGCAACUCGCCUACGCUCCGACGCCAGAGGGAACGUGGACCGUUCCCAAGGUUCAGGGAAAGACAACACUCCUUGACUUCAUCAACUCCCGAUCAGAUCUCACAACACUGGCCGAACUCUUGAAAGAACCAGCCGGCUUCACGACGGCAUUCGACACCGUUCCCGGCUGGGACUUUACCUUCUUCGCUCCUUCGAACGAGGCUUUCAACAAUACCGGCCAAUAUUUCGACACGUACGCCGCGACGGCGAAGGGGAAAUGGUGGCUCGGCAAUCUUCUGCAGCACCACUACAUUCCCAACACGAAGGUCGCCAGCUCGGUCUUCAACACGACGAAGACGCGCUUGCAGAUGGGGACGUACCUCUUCAUCGGCACGCAGGUCGUCGAUGGAACUCUCACGUUGAAUGGCGUUUCUAAGGUCACCGAGUCUGACCUAGCAGUGGAAAAGGGCGUCGUGCACAUUAUCGAUCGAAUCCUGGACCCCUCGGCGCAGGUUUUCGAGGGGGAUAUUGCAAGGGCACCGCAGAGAUUCAUCGCGGGGAGUUGUUCGAACCCCGCGCUGCCGUAUUGCUGA